GCCUGGCCCAGGGGGAUGUGAGGACAGUUCCCAGGAAGAAGUGUCCCUAAUGCCUACGGCAGCUCUGGAGGAAAAGAGAGUUCACACUGCCCCACCACCCAGGCCACGAUCCGACACACCCAAAGCAAGAGACGAGGCUGUGGAGAUCCAGCCAACACUGGGGCCUGCUCAUCCACCUGAGGCGGUGGACACGGGAGCGAGGGGGCUGGACCCCACGCAGAAGCAGCCUCAGGAGCCCGCGGCGGCCACGAGUGCCCGGGAUCCCGGCAGCGCCCGGCCCGGCUUCAUGAGGCGCCUGCUGGAGGUAGAGGAGGAGGAGGCCGCGCUUCGGAGGGCCGCCAAGGCCCGCGCCCUGCCAGGCCGGAGGUGCCCCCGGGCCCUGGGUCCCGUGCCCGCCCCUGCCCCCAGCCUGCCUCCGCCCCUGCCUGCGGCCCAGGCCCCGGCCCCCGCCUCCGCCCGGGCCUGGGCCCGGCCGCCCGGCCCCGCGCCAGUCCCCGCCCCUGCGGGCACGCCUGGCCCCGCUCCAGGGCCCGCUGCUGUCCUGCCGGUGCCCGCGUCGGAUCUGGCCUGGAGAAGGACAGAACUUCGGAGCCACAGCCGGGAGAGGAGCCUGAAGGCACGACGCCUAUCUCCUCUGCCUUGCUCCCUCGGGUCACUCAAAGACUCCUGUGACCUCUCAAAGCCUCCCCAGGGCCCCUCCUAUGACCCCCCUGCCCUGGCUGCCCCCUCGCCCCCCCAGCUUUCGGGGUCCGGGGCGGGGGUGGGAGGCCGGAUAUGCCCUGGGCCCGGCUCUGUCCUCUGCAGGCAGGAGCUGGAGGAGCGCUGCCUCCUGAAUGUGUGUCAGACCUGGGAGGAGAGGGCCGAGGAGCACCUCACCAUGAAGCAGGAGGAAGCCUUCCGCAGCUACUUUGAGAUCUUCAACGGUCAUGGUGAGGUGGAUGCGCAGAGCCUGGAGAACAUCCUGCUGCUUGUGGGCAUCUCCCUGACAACGGCCCAGGUGGAGGGUGCCCUGAGGAGCGCUGACAUUGACGUGUCCGAGCCUGCUCUGGAAGGCCCCUGUCCACUCUGUAUUCUUCUGGCCCCCACAGGAGAUGGUCACGUGAACUUCAAAGACUUCUUGACUGUGAUGACAGACACCAGGCGCUUCUUCUGCUCUGUGGAACAGAAUGCCCUGAUGGACAUGGCUCCUCCAAACCCCCACACUCUGUUCUUUGAGAUCCUGUCCCUGCUGGUGGAGAUGCUGGCCUUACCCGAAGGAGCCUUAGAAGAGAUCACCAGCUAUUACCAGCGGAAGCUGAAGGAAGGCGCCUGUAAGGCUCGGGAGACGGAAUCGGCCGCAGGGCAGCUGCGGCCCCGGAAGAAGCUUCCCUACAGCCCCCCGCAGGCAGACACCCUCGAAAUCCCCGAACGCAGAGUCCUCAGGGUCCUGAGCCGGCUGAAGCAGCAGAACUACGCUGCCAAUCUGCAGAGCCCGUACGCCCAGGUGCCUUGCAUCCCACUCUGCCCGCGGCUGGACAAGAAGACGGUCCGCCGGAAGCAGGGCGGCCACUAUGUGCCGGAGCAGUGCCCCUCCACCAGCCUGGGCCCCGACGUCCACAGCAUCCUUCUGCACACUGGCUCUCAGGGAGGCAGGGAACCCGGCCGUCUCAGUUCUGUGCCGGCUCGAACCCACUGAACCUGCGAAGUCCUGACUCUGCCUGCGGACAGACGGGUCAUCGGGCAGGGACUGCUGCUGGAUUUUCCUUUUGUGGCCUGGUAAGCCAAUAAAGAAGAACCUCAGCCCCUGUGCCUCUGUGCCACCUGGCUGUCAGAGCACAGGGCUUCAGGCUCCCUCAGGCUCCAGAGCCCUGAAGCAGACUUGCCCUGAAAGCCUGCCGAGGGCCAGGUGUCCUGCUAGAGGCGGCCUGGGUGCAAGUCUUGAUCUUCUGUGCACUCUAAGCACAGAAUGGGACUGUCCUCAGAUGGCUGUCUCCAGGCCUCAGGCUAGGAGCCCCACAAGCGCAGGAGCUCUCCCCCCUGCUGAAGGGAAUGGCGAACAUAAGGGACGUGCCUGUAAAGACCCUGGCCUCUCACACAGGCAGACCCUAUGGAAAGGCAGCUGGGGGCGGGUGUGGGGAGGCCCCCGGGGGCUGAGACCCAGGGGUCUCCUUCCCUGGGAGUCGAUGGGCAUGGGUCCUCGGCCACCCCAGUCCUGUCCCCAGAGCGCCCCCAGCGGUGAAACACGCAGCCACAGCGAAAGGUGAGAAGAUCAGAGACUGAAACGAGGACAAGGCUUUGACAAGUUUAAAACAUGUAUUUAAAAUACAAUUUAUAAAAUGCCUCA